AUGGCCGCAUCCACAUCUCAAAAGUUGCCGAAGGAUUUCAUUUGGGGGUUCGCAACUGCUGCCUUCCAAAUUGAAGGUUCGGCUGACGUCGACGGCCGUGGCAAGUCGAUAUGGGACGACUUCGCCAAGCUCCCCGGCAAGACUCUUGACGGCAAAAACGGAGAUGUCGCGACGGAUUCCUACCGCCUCUGGAAGGAGGACAUCGCUCUUCUCGCUGAGUACGGCGUCAGGUCGUACCGCUUCUCCAUCUCCUGGUCCCGAAUCAUCCCUCUCGGUGGCCGCAACGAUCCUAUCAACCCCAAGGGCAUCGAAUUCUACUCCAACUUUAUCGACGAACUCUUGAAGCACAACAUCAUUCCUUUCGUGACCCUCUUCCACUGGGAUCUUCCUCAAGGCCUCCAGGAUAGGUACAAGGGCUGGUUGAACAAGGAUGAGGUGUCGAAGGACUUUGAACGCUAUGCUAGGGUCUGCUUCGAGAACUUUGGUGACCGAGUGAAGCACUGGUUGACCAUCAACGAGCCCUGGUGCUGCGCCAUCCUUGGCCACGGCCGCGGUGUCUUCGCCCCCGGUCGCUCCAGCGACCGUGAGCGCAACCCUGAAGGCGACUCUUCGACGGAGCCCUGGAUUGCUGGCCACAGCAUCAUCUACGCCCACGCUCUCGCCGUCAAGGCCUACCGUGAGGACUUCAAGCCAACUCAAAAGGGUGAAAUUGGUAUCACCCUCAACGGUGACUGGGCUAUGCCAUACGACGAUAACCCAGAGAACGUCGCCGCGGCCCAACACGCUCUCGACUUUGCAAUCGAUGAGGAGGCGUUGAUCACACCUGCUGACUCUGUUUCCCCGACGUUUCCGCUCAACAGGCUGGAUCCCGUCUACCUUGGCUACUAUCCUCCAUACAUGCGGGAAGUCUUGGGCGACAGGAUGCCAGAUUUCACGGAGGAGGAGUGGAAGGUUGUCAAGGGGUCCUCGGACUUCUACGGCAUGAACACCUAUACUACCAACCUCUGCAGAGCUGGUGGUGACGACGAGUUCCAAGGCCUCGUGGACUACACCUUUACGAGACCUGACGGCACUCAGCUCGGUACUCAGGCCCAAUCUUCUUGGUUGCAAGACUAUCCCGAUGGUUUCCGCGCCUUGCUCAACUACCUCUACAAGAAAUACAAACUGCCUAUCUACGUGACGGAGAACGGAUUCUCAGUCAAGGGCGAGAGUGAUAUGACUAUUGAGGAAGCAUGCAAGGACAAAGACCGCGUCCAUUACUUCCAGGGAACCACCAAGGCUCUCCUAGACGCGAUUAACAUCGACGGUGUCGAUAUCAGGUCCUACUUCCCAUGGAGCUUCUUGGACAACUUUGAGUGGGCGGAUGGCUACACCACUCGCUUCGGUGUCACCUACGUCGACUACGACACGCAAAAACGUUAUCCCAAGGAUUCUGCGAAGUUCCUCGUUCAGUGGUUCAAGGACCACGAGCACCAGGAGACUGCCGCCAAGGCCGACGACAAGCCCACCACCGCCGUUGCUGAUGCCACGAAGGUGGUCGCCAACGGUUCGGUGUCGAAGAAGGAAAACGGUGCCGCUGAGGGCAAGCGCCGCUCUGGUGUCAGGGCGUCCGUUAGCAAGUACCUCUCUGCACUAUUGGCCUUGAUCAAAUCAUAG